AUGCCUUCUCCUGCUAUCUGCUCAUCCCUUCACAUUUUGAACGAGAACUACAAAGUACUUUUAUCCCGAGACUGGCGAGGAGAUGUAUCAGAUUCGUGUAUCCAGCGUUUCGUUUCUCAAAUGAAAGGUUCAGAUAAUGACCAGCCUAGUAUUCCUAUUAUUCGUGAUACUGAGACUAAAACAACUUAUGUCUAUAUAAAGGGAAAUGGUUUAUAUUUUAUGUGUACUUCAAAGUUUGACACGAAUAUUUUAGCCCUUUUCACGUUUCUCCAUGAUUUAUUAAACAUAUUUAUAGCAUAUUUUGGUGAUUUAGAGGAAGAGAGUAUCUUGGAUAACUUCGUUGUGAUUUAUGAGCUAUUGGAUGAGGUUAUAGAUAAUGGUUACCCUCAGUUUACAGAAGCAAGCAUUUUAGGAGAAUAUAUCAAGACAGAUGCACACAAGCUUGUCAAGGUUAAAACUCCAUCCGUGAUUACAGAUGCUAUUUCGUGGCGAAGCGAGGGUAUAAAGCACAAAAAAAAUGAAAUUUUUCUAGAUGUCAUUGAGCAGUGUGAUCUUAUGAUAAGUUCAAAGGGAGCAAUCGUAAAUGCUGAAGUACGAGGCUCGCUGAAGUUACGGACGUUAUUAUCGGGUAUGCCCGAAUGCAAACUGGGACUGAAUGAUCGUCUGAAACUAGGUAGCGAGCACAACUAUCCAAACAUUGUAUUUGAAGAUAUGAAAUUUCACCAAUGUGUUAAGUUGUCCGAGUUUCAUGAAGACAAAACAAUUUCAUUUAUUCCCCCUGAUGGUAUUUUUGAACUUAUGUCAUAUCGUCUGACAAAUGUUAAUGUUGAUCCAUUAAUUUGGUGUGAGAUGAAAGUGGAAGAAUCAAGUGCUACAAGAAUUGAGUAUGUUAUCAAGAUAACGAGUCAAUUCAAGGAGAAACACACUGCGAAUAAUAUUGUUAUCAAAAUACCUGUGAGAAGCGAUGUAAUAUCACCGGAGAUAAAAUGUGAAGCUGGUUCCAUAACAUACUCUCCGGAGUUAGAAUCGAUGAUUUGGAUCAUAAAAUCACUUCCUGGAGGAAGAGCGGAGUGUGCAAGAAUAAAGUUAAGUUUUCCUUCAAUAGCGGAAGAGAGAAAGACAUUCACUUCUCCUAUUUUGAGCGUCAACUUCGAGAUUCCAUACUUUACGAUUAGUGGUGUACAGGUCAGAUACCUGAAAGUUUCCGAAAAAAGUGGGUACCAAGCAUUACCAUGGGUAAGAUACACCACGAAAUCCGGAUCUUACAAUUUUAGGAUAUAG